UACCAUUUCCUCAUCACACCUUCUCCCAGACGGAUCAUUACCCCAGUUUGUGUUCUCCUUCCUCAGCCAUUCAAUGCUCUUCCAACAUGGAGCUGUUGUCGGAUGAGAAGCCUUCACAUUCAUGCAAUCCUGGUACACUCCCACUACCAGCUGUAUUGGACAUAACAGAUGGAUCUAUGAAGCUGCUAAAUACCCAUCCAAACAUGACACAUCAUCACCAGAGUCUUGGCCGUUCAAUAUUUUUGAAACGUUCGCGGCAUUAUUAUGGCCACCAAUAUUCUCGACGAAACUCUGCUAACCAUGCCAGUGCAUCUUCUUCUCGUGGAAAGGGAGCUUCAUUUGAUGACAAGCUUUCUUUCAAGUUGGCUCCCCAACCCAACACACAGCCAAGACAACAUACAGAAUACAGAGAAAAGACAGUUUCUAGGCCAGAGAGAAUCCGUUCAAGUUCCUUAGCGAUGGAUGCAGUAUCACCAGAUGCAAUGAAGACGAUUUGUGGGAUUUGUGAGAAGCCAUUGAGGCGCAAAUUUAAUUUUCUUGGAAAUUCUGUGUCUUGCAGUGAGCUUUCAGUUGUGGCAGUUUUAGUAUGCGGUCAUGUUUAUCAUGCAGAGUGUCUGGAGCACGAAACUCUGAUUGAAGAACUGCGUGAUCCGCCAUGUCCUAUGUGUGCAUGUUCACUCUUGCAUGCUAAUGACUCUAAAGGGCAUGAAUAGUUUCCUAGCAGGUGAAUGUUGCCAUUUGAUGCUGAUUAUCUACUAUGGAACAAAAUUUUGUGAAAGAUAACAAAAUGCUCUCAUGAAAGGUAGUUCAUUUUGUUGCAAAUGAACUAGUAGCUAGGAUAAAGAAUUAAAGAUCUUGUAGACUCUCAGGAUAUGUGGAUUAGGGAGAGUUUGUAUAAUUUCCUGUAUAUCACUUUUAUUUUUCACUAGGCACAUAUGACAUAGGGGAUCAUAAUAUUGUAUCACUUACUUAAUGCUUUGGUAAUAUGAGGCAUAACACAGAAUUUCUAGUAGCUGUGCAUGUUUUAGAAUUUGAAA